GCGCCACUGUCGAGAGUGGAUACGGUUCCUUCUUCGAUCGAGGGAAACGUUUGGCGAGUUCCAUCACCUCGUUCGAGAUAUGCGUCUGGACAACGGGAGCGACUUCUUCCAGUACUUCAGGAUGACGCGGCAAAGGUUCGACCAGCUACUUGCUCUGGUUGGGCCCCAACUACAACGAGAGGCAACUCCUUGGAGGAAGCCGAUCUCCCCAGCGGAGCGGCUAUCGCUAACAAUCCGGUACCUGGCGCACGGAUCCUCGCAGAGAAUCUGCGCAUCCUGUUACAGGAUUGGACGUUCAACGACCUCCCUCAUUAUUGGGGAAACCUGUCGGGCGCUACAUAGAGUGCUGGACCCACUGUACAGAACUCCUCCCAACAUGGCCCAGUGGGAGCGGAUGGCAGGCAACUUCGCAAGGCUGUGGAAUUUCCCCAACUGUGUCGGAGCUGUGGAUGGGAAACACGUGACCAUCCAAGCCCUCCCUGGCGCAGGCUCCGACACAUACAACUACAAGGGAUUCCACAGCAUCGUCCUCCUUGCAAGUUGUGAUGCUACAUACAAGUUUACACUUGUGGAUGUCGGCCAGCCAGGUCGUUUCAGCGACGGGGGCAUUUUUCGGGGCUCCGAAAUGGGGCAGUCCUUAAUGACUGGAGGCCUUGACCUUCCCCCCCCUGCACACCUCCCUGGAACACGCACUAAGCUGCCCUACGUGUUUGUGGCUGAUGAGGCGUUCCCCCUGCUCCCAAACCUCAUGCGCCCUUAUCCAAGGAAAGACCUCACGGUGGUGCCAAAGGUGUUCAACUAUAGGCUCUCACGUGCACGGAGGGUUAUAGAGAACACCUUUGGCAUCUUGGUUGCAAGAUGGCGCAUCUUCAGGCAGCCGAUCCAGGCCUCAGAGGAGAAUCUGGAAGCGAUUGUCUGGGCAUGCGUCAGCUUGCACAACUACCUGAGGACGUGUGACGAGAGUGAGCAAGGGGAACGCCGCUACUGCCCUGCUGGCUAUGCCGACCAAGAAGGUGUGCUUGGGAAUGUGGUGCUUGGCCAGUGGAGGGCCGAGGUGAACGAUGGCGGUGCCCUUGUAGACGUGGGCCGCACAAGCUCAAACAUGUACAAUGACGAUGCCAAGAAGGUGAGGCAGACAUACGCUCGGUACUUCUGCUGCCCCGCUGGCGAAGUUACAUGGCAGUACAAAAAUGUUUACAAAGGCUUGACACCAGCUGUCCAAGCACCCAGUUGUCCCUAAGGCCACUCACUGCAUAUGCAAAGGUUAUUUCCGGGAAAUUGCCCUGUUGGCAUCGUCACCAAUUAUUUAUCACAAUGUACAGUCGCUCUAGUUGUACCUUUGGUCCUGGGGACCUUUUCACCCGCUGCCAUAUCCCAUCUUGGGAUGACGUCCCAUCACGUCCCAUCUUGGGACGACGUGACAUGGCCGCCAUAAAAUGAAUGAAGUUUCUUGCUCGACUAUCUGUAGCUGUUC